AUGGUUGUCCUCCUUUCAGCACUUGCAUCGCUGCUGUUGGCUGCAGAUGCCGUCGCCCGGCCAUCAGUGCCCAGCCAUGGACCUGGAGCGAAGCGAGGAGUUCGAGCUCCAGUACACCGCUAUGUUCCUAGCAACAAUCUAGUCUCUAGGGAUACGGGGGCAGUCCAGCACAUUUGGAAUGGCGGCGGCUGGAUUCUGCCUGUGUUAAUUGGUGGCCAACAAGUCUUCUUGAAUGUUGACACUGGCUCCUCUGACUUAUGGGCAGCGAGCACUCUGAUGCCCAAGGACCAGCAGAUUACUGUUACCAGGGGCUCGGUGUAUAAUCCCAACAUCAGCUCAACGUCGCGAGAGGUCGACGGCUACACCUAUGGCCUAGCUUACGCAGAUGGAUCAGGAUCCUCCGGGCCAGUGUACAGAGACACAGUCAACAUUGGCGGCGCCAUCGUACCUAACUUUCCCCUCGGAGUUUGUGAUGAUCUGCGAUACGGUGAUGGUAGCGACGGUACUCGCGACACCGCUGGACCUGUUGGCUUGGGCUUCGGCAAGCUGAACUCGAUUCGGCCCAACUCGCAAUGCACUUUCAUGGAAUGUCUAGAACCUUACGUCCCGGAGCCAGUCUUUGGCACGGCAUUUAAGCUCAACAACACCGGCUUCAUCAACUUCGGGUAUUCCGACUCCGAGGCGUUUACAGGGCCUAUCACUGAAGUUCCCGCUGCUAACACCAGCUCUGGUAAUGAAGGCCAAUGGAUGGCCCUGGGUGUCAAAUUUGGGUCCGGUGGCAACCUCUUCGAUACUGACCCUCUUGAUAUGGACUUUGACUCAGGCACCGCCUCCCUGUCCGUCUCGUCAGAUAUUGCCGCUGCCUAUUGGGCCCUUGUUGAGGGUGCUGAUGACUCCUCCGGAUCCUGGGAGUACCCUUGCGGUACUGAGCUACCUGACCUCGACUUUGUCUUCUCCAAUGUUACCCAUGGCCCGUCUACGGUGACAAUUCCCGGUCAGAACCUCAAGAACGGCGAUGAUACUACGGGCAUGUGCGGUACUUGGAUGAAUGUCGUUGACGGGCGUGGCAAUGCAGGUGUCCCGUUUUACGUUAGCAAGUAUAUCGUCUGGAACCAGGCCCGGCCCAGCAUGUCCUUUGCUGAUCAGAUCAAUUGA